AUGACGCAGCUGGUCCCUGCCCCGGAGGAGCUCACCGUCUUGCAGGACGCGGGUGACCGACCGAGGCAGGAGAAAGCUCUCAGCGCCGCCACCUGCCCCUCGCCGCAUCGCAUCCCGGCGGCACCCCCACCUCCGCGCCCGGCGAGGAAGGGGUGCGGGGCUGGGCCAGGGCUGUCCUGGGGGACCGGCGGGGCGGGGCCGCCGCGCCCGCUCCCCUCCCCGCCGCCUUCCUCUCCUCGCCACGCCGGGGUUCAGAGCGGCGGCAGCAGCGGCCGCGGCCACAUCUCCGGCUCCAGCGCCUCCCGCCCCGGCCCCCUCGGCCCCGCGCUCCCGGGCCCCGCGCCCCGACCCCGCCGCCGCGCCUGCCGGGGGCCUCGGCGCCCCCCCGCCCGCCUCACGCUGAAGUUCCUGGCCGUGCUGCUGGCCGCGGGCAUGCUGGCGUUCCUCGGUGCCGUCAUCUGCAUCAUCGCCAGCGUGCCCCUGGCGGCCAGCCGGGCGCGGGCGCUGCCCGCGGGCGCCGACAACGCCUCGGGCGCCGCCGCGUCCCCGGGCCCGCAGCGCAGCCUGAGCGCCCUGCACGGCGCGGGCGGCUCGGCCCGGCCCCCGGCGCUGCCCGGGGCGCCCGCGGCCAGCGCGCACCCGCUGCCGCCGCUGCCCCUCUUCGGCCGCUUCCUGUGCACCCCGCUGGCCGCCGCCUGCCCGUCGGGGGGCGAGCCGGGCGACGGGGCGCCGGGCGAGCGCGAGGAGCUGCUGCUGCUGCAGAGCGCGGCCGAGCAGCUGCGCCAGACGGCGCUGCAGCAGGAGGCGCGCAUCCGCGCGGACCAGGACAUCAUCCGCGAGCUCACGGGCAAGCUGGGCCGCUGCGAGAGCGGCCUCCCGGACGCCGGGCCGCGCCGCGACACCAUGGCCGACGGGCCCGGGGACUCGCCCGCGCUCUUCCUGGAGCUGGAGGACGCGCUCCGCGCCCUCCGGGACCGCCUCGACCGCGUCGAGCAGGAGCUCCCAGCCCGCGUGAACUUCUCAGCUGCACCUGCCCCUGCGCCCGUGGUGCCCACCGCCCUGCACUCCAAGAUGGACAAACUGGAGGGGCAGCUGCUGGCCAAGGUGCUGGCACUGGAGAAGGAGCGCGCAGCCCUCAGUCACAGCAGCCACCAGCAGCGGCAGGAGGUGGAGAAGGAGCUGGGCGCCCUGCAGGACCGCAUAGCUGGACUGGAGCACGGGUCCUCAGCCUACAGCCCUCCUGACGCCUUCAAGAUCAGCAUCCCCAUUCGCAACAACUACAUGUACGCGCGCGUGCGGAAGCCGCUGCCCGAGCUCUACGCCUUCACCGUCUGCAUGUGGCUGCGGUCCAGGUCGGGCGGCACUGGCCAGGGCACCCCCUUCUCCUACUCAGUGCUGGGGCAGGCCAAUGAGAUUGUGCUGCUGGAGGCGGGCCCCGACCCCAUGGAGCUGCUGAUCAACGACAAGGUGGCCCAGCUGCCCCUGAGCCUGAAGGACAAUGGCUGGCACCACAUCUGCAUCGCCUGGACCACGAGAGAUGGCCUGUGGUCUGCCUACCAGGACGGGGAGCUGCGGGGCUCCGGGGAGAACCUGGCUGCCUGGCACCCCAUCAAGCCUCAUGGGAUCCUUAUUCUGGGCCAAGAACAGGAUACUCUGGGAGGUCGAUUUGAUGCCACCCAGGCCUUCGUGGGUGACAUUGCCCAGUUUAACCUGUGGGACCACGCCCUGACAUCUGCCCAGGUUCUGGGCAUCGCCAACUGUACUGGGCCGCUGCUGGGCAACGUCCUGCCCUGGGAAGACAAGCUGGUGGAGGCCUUUGGGGGUGCAACGAAGACCGCUUUUGAUGUCUGCAAGGGGAGGGCUAGGGCAUGAGGGGCCACCUCGUCCAGGGCCCCUUCCUCGCCUGCCAAUUUGGGGACCUUACAGGAGGGGGUACAUUCCCCCCUCAGCCUACCCACACACUGGCCUCCCCUCCUGCUCACUCCUGACCAUGCCUCUCAUUUCCCCCACCUACACCCACACCUCCAGGAAGCCUGCCCUGCGAUGCUGUCCCCUGAUCCCACCUGGGGUGCGUCCGGGGCCUGCAGGGGUGGGUAGCAGUGCCCACCCCCUGACAUUAUACCACAGCCCUCUCUUACCCCCACCACACCCUCUUCCAUUGGCCACAUCUGAAUUCACUGAUGUCAACAGCAUCCCAUGGAGCUGCUGCCGGGGAGGGCCCACUGUCCACCGAUGGCCCCCAUGCAACAGGCCUGACCCUUCCCCUCCAGGGCUGCAGAGCAGCCCCUGCUGAGAAGGGGAGGGCAGAGACCUAGGAGAUUCAGACUGACCGUCCUCCCCUCCCACCAGCUGCAGUCAAGGGCAGCGGGAUCUUGAUGGGCCCUCUACCCCACACCCACACCCCGCCUGUGCCCACCCCCUCUCCUCCUCCUCCUUCCUCAUUGCUUUGUGUGCAGUGGAUUGAAUGUCGGUUCCAUGCCUGUCCAAACCCCACCUCCAGGACAUUCCCUUCCCAGCUCUGGCCUGGAGGGUGAGGGGCCAAGACCCCAGGGGGGCAUCGGGCCAGAGUCACCCCUGUGCCCACCCACAGCUGUGUCUACUCUGUGGCUAGGACGGGGCCUGGGCCACUUCGGCCUGAGCUAGGAGUGGCACGAGGCAGAGGCCCUGUGUCCCCGGGGACCAGGCUCUGGCAGAGCCUCAUUACCGCCCUCUCUGAGGAGGGAAGGAGCACCUUCUCACCGACCAGGAUGCAUCAGGUGUCUCGUCAGGUGUCAUGCACCAGGAAGGAGCGCACAUGAGCAGGAGCCGCCCUGGUUCCCAGCCAGCUCUGCUGUGUGGCCCUCUCUCAGUCCCUGCCCUCUCUGGGCUAGCCUUCCUCAUUUGUGAGCAUUGGAGAUGGUCUGUGAUUUCUGGUGAACAGGGUGGAGCAAGCCUGAGAACUUUCCUGGUGACCAAGGGCAUGGCAGGGGCAGGUCCCGGGACGGGCAGCACGUGGGGCCUGGCUAGGCACGGGUCAGGGUCAGCAGCUGGCUCAGAGCGUCAGAGGCAAGGGCAAGGGGCCAGGCAGCCCCACCUCAUGUGCAUACUGAAAACACCAGCUCUUCUGCCCCCUUCCCUCCCCCAGCCUGGCACUCUGGCCUGUCUGAGUGCAUCUCAAUGGGCUGGUGGCUUCCUGGUCCCCACCCUUGAGUCCUCACAAGCUUCCCCACGGGCGUGGAAGAAUGUCAGGGCUGAGAAAGCCACCCAGUCUGAUCCCUUAUCGGUGCAGACAGGGGAGAACUCAGAGAGGGCAAGUGACUUGUACAGGAUCACCCAGCACAGUGGGGCAGGGCCCAGACUAGAGCCCAGGGCUCUGACUCCCUCUUCAGUGCUCUUCCCCCCACCCCAUCCUGCCUGCCGUGAGGGGCUCUGAGUCCAGCCUACACCUCGAGGGGGCACACCUGAGAGGCCGGAAUGCUUCCCAACAUGACGACCCGAGCAUCUUCCUCCAUGAAACUCGUCUGGGCAGCCCCUACCUCCUGGGAGGCCUGACCCCUGGCAUCGUGGCAGGAACGGGGAGCUGAGGACACAGGGGUCCCUCCCCUGCCAGUCACCUACCAGGUCUGGGCAGCUGCGAGCUACCUGACUCGAGUGGGCACUGGUGCCUUUGGCCCCACGUUUUGUUCCUGGUCUCACCCCCACUGCCACUUAGCUUGAGGCAUGACGUAAGGCUCUUCUGAGACUGUGGCCUCCAGCCCCCCAGAUCCUGGUCCCCAUUUAAAGAGUACCAGUAGGCCUUUUGGCACCUCCGGUCAAUUAUGCAUGACCUCGGGCCACACUUGGAAGAAGCCAGGAGAAAGAGCGAUGAUGUGCUUCAGCCAGAACCUGCUGGGAUCUAGGUUGCCCUGGUAACAGCCAAUGACAUCAGCCCAAGUACUGGGUCAAGUAUCUCCUAGUGACAUGCGCUGUUGCUGGGGUGAUGGUGGAAUUGGGAACUUGGGCGUCGGGGGCAUGGCCACCGGGCGAGUUGCAUUUCUAUUUUUGUUUUAAGGAAGCAGCUGUUGUGGAGGCCUUGGGGGCGAGAACGGGUCUUAGGAUGGAGGUGACAGGACUUGCUUGGUCGCUGGAGCCCACCCAGAGGGCAUCCAGGUCCUGUGCGCUUUGCCAUGGUGAUGAGACGCCUGGUGCACCCUGGUCAGCCAUCCAGGGGGAACAGGGCGGGGGAGGGGGGCAGGCUCUGAGUCUGGGCCAUUGGCGAGUGGCCUGGAUCCCACUUCCACUCCAGGAAAAUGACAGCCCAAGUCCCCAGCCUUCACACAUUGGCCGAGUGCCUGCUGUGUGGAUGUCAGCUUUGCUCUGCAGCUGCUCCCAGGCACAGCCAAGCAGGCAGAGGAUCUAGAAGUGGGGCCCUGAGCCGCUCCUGUCUCAUGGCGAUGCGGGCUCUUACGUCAUUGUAAGUGUCAGGCACUGUGCUGAGCACACCCUGGGCAGCACCUCAUUUAUCCUCACAGCGCUAGGACUCCCCUCAUACCCGUGAGGAGACGAGCACAGAGAGGCUAAGUAACCUGCCCAGUGUCGGUCAGCCAGCAAGUGAUGGAGCCCAGAGUUCAAACCCAGGCAGGUUCCCUCGAGGGCCCACGCUCAGCCCCGGGGACAGUCACCCACACUGUGGGGUGGGAUUUGGGCACCAUUGCUCCCAGUGGGUUUCAGCAUAAAGGGCUGUGUCUGGCUCUCUUCUCCUCCUCCCCUCCUCCGCCCCCCCCCACCCCCCGAGUUUGAGGUGGAGGAACAGAGGCAGGCCUGGCCACCCAUAGGCCCAGGGUCCCCUUGGGGAGGCUGUGUCCCUCUGCAGUGCGCCCACCCCUCCUCCACUGGCUGGAGAUUCCAGGAGGCCUGAAAGGUACACUGCCCCCCAAGAACCCCGAGCAGGGGAGGGGAGGGGACAGCCCAAGCCCUGCUCCAGGUGCUCACAGCUCUUCUCUGCCAGCCUUUCCCACCUCUGCGGCACAACAUGCGUGUCAGCGUCCCAAGGGGCCAGAUCACCUGCCACAAUUAUGCAUGACCUCGGGCCACCGCCUUGGACAGAAGGGCUCUUAGAGAGAUGGGAGCCUGGAAGCCCUCAUUUUACACAUGAGGACACCGGGGGCCCCCAGCUGGGACAGCAGGAGACCCGAGCCCAGCUUUCUGACGCUGCGUCAAGUGCUCUCUCCACAACAGUGACCCCUCUCCCCGGAACUGGCCCCCUCUUUUCUGUCUCCCUGCACCUUUGCCCUGAACAAACUAGGGAAGGGGCCCCCUCCCAGAGGUGGGAUCAUUUUCUUUGUCCCAGCUGCCUGCCACCCCAAGUCCCCCUGACCCCUGACCUCUGACCCAGCUGGGUGGAGAAGAGGCUCACAUGGGCCCAGGCUGAGCAGUGAGCGAGCCUGUCAAGCUGUUGGACACUGAAAUUAGUGCAUCCUACCGGUGACCCGCCCCCUCCCGUCCUCCUGGCCCAAUUUUGUAUAUAGUGACGUGAGAUGCAACGUGUGUGUGUGUGUGCGUGUGUGUGUGUGUGUGUGUGUGAUAUGUCAUGGAUUUGGUCACUCUUUUGUUUUUGUAAAUUUGAAAUGUUCAAAAUAAACACGUUUACUCUGA